GACUUUUAUUGUGACACGGUGUGUUUACCUGUUGAUUGCUGCAGCUGGUGUUUGGAGAUCAGCUGUUUAAACCCUCACAGUGUGGGUUAUAACUGCAGAUUUGUUCUGGUGAGUGAAAGGUGGAGAAUCUAGAUGAUCCAGGUGAUUUCUCUCACUGUGCUGCUGAUUGCUGCAUUCAGUGGAGCUGCAGAGACUUCGGGGUCUCAUCAGAGCUGCAGUAAAGACCAGAACCCGCUGAUCUUACCUGCACACAGAUGGAGCUGCAGUGCUGGAGCUCCUCUGGAGAUCACUACCCACACCCUGUUAGACUCCCUCCCUCUCGAUGAAGUAAAGGAUAACUCUGUUCGCACUGUGAGGAGGUGUGCCUUCUCCCAGUCUACACCCACCCCACUCAGGGGGGCACUGCAGCUAGCUGCCCUAUCAAAGGAUGUGUUGGAGAAUGUUUUGGAGCUGGAUGAAUCUGUGAUGCAGAAUGAAGAUGUUGUUCAGUUCCUCAGUGGAGGGAAGCUUUUCCUAGGCUCUUUUCCAUUGGCUCACAGAUACGGUGGCCAUCAGUGUUCGGUUUGUUAUCAUUCAGUUUGGCUACUGGGCCGGGCAGCUGGGAGAUGGAAGGGCACAUUUACUGGAAAGGGUGAGAGGUGGGAGCUCCAAAUCAAAGGCUCUGGAAAGACCCCAUACUCCAGAUCUGGAGAUGGGCGUGCUGUUCUCCGUUCCUCAGUAAGGGAGUUCCUGUGCAGUGAGGCAAUGCACUUCCUUGGUAUUCCUACCAGCAGAGCUCUGAGUCUCGUGGUGAGUGAGGAGGCUGUGUGGAGGGAUCAGUUUUAUAACGGCAGUGUGAGGAAAGAGAAAGGAGCUGUUGUUCUUCGCCUGGCGCCAUCCUGGUUCCGAAUCGGUUCUCUGGAGGUUUUAACCAGAGCUGGAGAGCUGGAUAUUCUCAGGAUGCUGCUGAAUUUUGUAAUUGACCAGCAUUUUACAGCUAUAAAACCUAAUGCUCCUAAUAAAUAUGUGGCCUUUUUCUCAGCUGUGGUGAACGAGACAGCGAACAUGAUCGCUAAGUGGAUGUCUGUUGGCUUUGCUCAUGGAGUGUGCAACACGGACAACUUCAGUCUUUUGUCGAUCACUAUUGAUUACGGUCCGUUUGGCUUUAUGGAGGCCUAUAACCCGAAUUUUGUGCCGAACUCGUCUGAUGAUGAAGGGCGGUACAGUAUUGGAGCGCAGGCUGAUGUAGGACUCUUUAACCUCCAGAAACUUCUAGAAGCUCUUCUCCCGGUGCUCUCUCUGGAUCAGAGGUCACAGGCUGAACAGAUACUGGAGGAAUAUCCACAGAUCUAUCACAGGAGGUUUCAUGAGCAGUUUAAAGCAAAGCUCGGCCUUCUUGGGGAUGAAGAAGAUGAUGCAUACCUGAUUGCAUUUCUUCUGAAGCUAAUGGAGGACACGGGUUCAGACUUCACCAUGACGUUCAGGCAGCUGAGUGAAGUGACUCUGCUUCAGCUCCAGAACAACUCAAUCCCUCAGGAGUUGUGGGCUCUGUGGGAUCUUUCCUCUCAUGAGUAUUUUUCUGACUGGGUAAAGCUCUAUUCACAGAGGAUUGGAAGUCAGCCUGGUGAUUCAGAGGAGACUCGGACAGGCAGGAUGACGGCUGUUAAUCCGUGCUAUGUGUUGCGGAACUGGAUGGCGGAGUCUGCGAUUAGGAAAGCAGAGAAUAACGACUUCUCUGAGGUGGCGCUGUUGCAGCAGGUUCUGACUGAGCCCUUUGUGAAGCAGAUGAAAGCAGAGAGUGCAGGAUACUCCAGCAGAACUCCAGCAUGGGCUUCACAACUGAGGGUCAGCUGCUCGUCCUGACCAAAUCUACCACAGGCUGACUGAUCAUCCAGAGCUCAGGGACCAUUUAUACAGGACCAGAUCUUCACUGGAUUAAAAUGUGAAUGGAACAACUCCAUAACAGCUUUAAUAACAGUAAUAGUCACCAUGGUGGAUGCAUCAUAUCCCAGUUGUCAAUCAUAUUCUUCUUAUUAAAAGAUUUUUGCUGCUGUGACCAAAAUCUUCAUUGCAGACAGACAUGGAGAAACCAUGGAUGCUGGCAUAAAACAAGUUAAGACUACAUAAAAACAGCUAUAAUUAAGUUUAAAAACUAUAGAAACAGCAAUAAAGAAGACUAGCACCACAAAAAUUUACAUAAAGAAUGCUGAAAACCUCAUAUAGAAAGUUAAAGCAUGGAAACGGGUGUAAAAAAAAAAAAAAGUCAGAAACCCUAAAGAAUGGGUGUAAAGAAAGCUAAGACCAUAGAAAUUAACAUUGACGGGAAGGCUACAACAACAAAAAAAGAAUUAGGCAAUCCUUAAACCUGUUGUGAUGUUCAGACAACUGACUUGGAUCAGAAAAAGUGUAGAUGGUUUUUUUAGAAUUAUUUUAUUGUAAUAAAAGAUGUAAAAUAACA